GGAGGCCGGCCCCCUAGUAGGAAAUGAGCCGGGGUUGGAAUAACACUUUAAAGGCCUGACGCCCUCUUCCUCCUCCCAUCCCCUGGUCACCUUCCAGCUCCUCCGGUCAGCUUUCUCUCCUCCCAGGCGGUCCUCACUCCCCUAGGCGGCAGUCAGUGGGAGCCCCCAGCCUGCCAAAGCCAGGAGUACAGGUGGGAUCAAGGUCCCAGGAUGUUGAGAACAUUGCUGCCACUGCUGCUUCUACUGACUCUGCCCGGCAGGGCCCUUUGUAUCCAGGAAACUUCCGAUGCCCCUCUCAGGCCAGCCAGGGACCAACGCACUGACUUCCACCCCCCAGGCCCUCGGAACCUCCACAUGCUCCAGAUCUCCUACUUCCCAGACCCUGGCCAAGUGAUGUACCGAGGCAACGCGUCGCUGGGGGGGCAGCUGACGCACGUGCUGGAAGGCCGGGACUCCAACAUCACGAUUCUUCAGCUGCAUCCCUUGCAGGAGCCCCAGAGCUGGGCGCACACAGAGGGAAGUGUGCGGCUCUACCUGAGCAACUUCCAUGACAUGGUGCGGCUAGUACACCAGGAGCGGGGCGUGGCCUUUCCUCUGACCAUUCGCUGCUUCCUGGGCUGUGAGCUGCCUCCGGAGGGCUCUAGAGCCCACACCUUCUUUGAAGUGGCUGUGAAUGGGAGCUCUUUCGUGAGUUUCCAACCAGAGGCUGCGUCAUGGGUGGCAGGGCCCCGGGUCAGCUCCGCGGUGGCCACCUACACCCUGCGUCAGCUCAACGCCUACAAUCGCACUCGGUAUGAACUGCAGGAUUUCCUGCAGAACACCUGUGUGCAGUACGUGAAAGAACACCUCCCCACGAAAACCAUGAAAGAGAGCCAUACAGGCCGCUCCUACACUUCGCUGGUCCUGGGCAUCCUGCUGGGCACGUUCAUCAUCAGUGGUGUGGCUGGAGGCAUCUUCCUGUGCACAGGUGGACGGCUGUGUUAAUUACUCUCCGGUCCCCUCUGGAGAAGGGCUGGACUGAUGGGGGCUGACAAAGAAAAAUCUCAGCUCACUGAAAAACCAAACAUAUUCCCCACUUAGGACAUUACAUCCCACAUUUGGAGUACCAGCUUUCUUCUUCCAGAUCUGCCCACUAAGAGUUUGGGCGAGGGAAGGAGAGAAGGCUAGAAAGACGGAGUACUUGGUUUACUAGGAAACUAAGAACUUGCAUGCUUCGUUGCAUUGAUUUGAGAAGUGAAUGCUUGUCUAUCUUUGUGAAAAACAGACGAUGGAGUUGUGGUAGUGGUGGUGGGGUCUAUGGCCCAUCCUCCAAAGACAGACAGAAUCACAUAACCAAGUAAAACAAGUCAUCACAAAACCAAAAUAAAUAACGUUCAAUGCCUGCAGAUGUGUCAGACAUAGGAAGAGACAACGCUAUGAAGGAGGUAGAAAGAAAUAACUAGAGAAAUGGUAGGAGUGAGUGUAAAAUCCAAGUAAUAUGGGAACAAGGAGUUAUUAAAUAAUUGGUCAAUAAUAUUAAUAAAUUCCUUAUUUAUGUAUAAGGCAUUAUUAUUUCCUCUACUUUGAAAAUUUUCUAGAAAAGUAGCCUAUACCCUUUGCUUCUACUUUCUUAUCUCCUGCCAGAGGCCCGAUGCACGAAAUUCAUGCAAGAGUAGGCCUUCCCAGCCCCAGCUGCCUCAGUCCUCAUAGCCCCAGCUUCGUCCAGAAGGUAGUCCAGACAGUCAUCCAGACGGUCAUUCCACUGUUCGGCCGUUUGGUCAAUUUGCAUAUUACACUUUUAUUAUUACAGAUGCACUCUUCAACCACUGCAGUCUGACAUCUCAAUAAACUACUCCAAACUCAUCAAUGACCUCUAAUUGUGGAAACUUCAUCCUCCAUGAUAUCUGCACAUUUCACUUUGUGGACUAGAGCUAUUUUUACCCCAACUUCUGAAAUACCAUACUUCUAAUUUUUAGAAACUGUUCAAUCCCUUUGCCUAUACCAUCUUACUCCAUUUAUCUUGGAAAUUGUAGCUUCCUUAGAAUUCCAUUUUUGGGCUCCUUUAGUUUCCCUUUAAACUGUAUCUUUCUGGGCGACCUACUAACUUAACUUGCAUGGCUUCAAAUACCAUCUGUCUGUGGUGAUUUCUAUGGGGAAGCAAUAUAAUCUUGUUUUUGAGAGCAUGUAUUUUGUCAUCAGACAGACUUGAGUUUUACUUCUUUCACCAGGCAUUUUAACUUCUUCAAGUCUCAAUUUCUUCAUAAACAAAAGGUAUGAUAAAAUAUACAAAAAGGGUAUAUGAAAGAUACCUACUUCAUAGAGGCAUUAUACAUAUUAAAUAAGAAUAUAUAUGAUAUAUGUGUACAGGGUGGGGCAAAAGUAAGUUUACAUUUAUGAGUAUGUGAAACAGAGUUUAUUCUUGUAUUAUUAUUUAUUAAUUAUUGUAUUAUUUUUCAUAUGAGCAACUGUAAACCUAAUUUUGCCCCACUCUGUAUAGCACUUGCUGUUGACCUCCAGACCACCCUCAUAUGCAUUCAUUCUUGAAAAUCAUCUCUAUCAUAAUAUCUUGUAGACAUUUUAGAGUCAGCAUAUUCAAAAUAAACAUAUCUUUCUCCCCCAAACUGUUCUUUUUCUCCUGUGGUUUACUAUCAGUUAAACAGAAUUACCAUCAAAUCAUAUCAAUGUAAAGACUCCGUGUUAACUUGUGUUUACUCCCUCUUCAUCCCCCACCUACAAAAUACAAUUUCUGUAAAAUCCAUUCCCUCCUUUCCACUCCAUUGCUUUUGUUCCAGAUAUUAUACUUCAUCUCUUUCUUUGUGGUAGGCAUGGAGGUGUGCCACCCAAUUCUACCUUCAAGGAACUUGUUGUUCAGUUACAGGGAGUAUAGCCAGCAGAUAGCUUCUUGCUGCUUCAGUUCCUUCAGGGUAUGCCUCACCUACAGAGAACAGUCCUAAAUAAGGGCCAUCCUCAUUGGUGUGUGUGUUUUUAAAAAUAUAUAUAUUUUAUUAAUUUUUUACAGAGAGGAAGGGAGAGGGAUAGAGAGUUAGAAACAUCAAUUAGAGAGAAACAUCGAUCAGCUGCCUCCUACACACCUCCUACUGAGGAAGGGAGAGGGAUAGAGAGUUAGAAACAUCGAUUAGAGAGAAACAUCGAUCAGCUGCCUCCUGCACACCUCCUACUGGGGAUGUGCCCGCAACCAAGGUACAUGCCCCUUGACCGGAAUUGAACCUGGGACCCUUAAGUCCGCGGUCCGAUGCUCUAUCCACUGAGCCAAACCGGUCAGAGCCAUCCUCAUUUGUUGGCUGAGCAAAGCAGGGAUGUAAAGGUGUAGCCAUUAUGGCCCACUGCAGGACAGUUCUGAUGAGCCAUAGUCAUUCCAGAGCUCCUUGUCAAGUUGACUGGGUCUAUGCCCUAUCUAUUCAAUCCUGCUUCCUCCCCCUAGUUAAUAUCUUGCACCUCAAACUCUAUGUCAGCAUCUGCCUCCAAAAAACCCACCCUGUGAUUGACAACCUCACUCUGUCUCCAUAUUGAGAAAUAUUGUCAAUAUUUUGUCUGGACCAUGGCAAUAGCCUCCUCCUAAUUGUUCUCCUGGUCUCUAAUUUCUCUGAGUUCUGUUUCACCAUCUAUAUAACAAUAAAAAAAAUUGAUUUGA